GGCUCUCGGUGUAUCAGAUUCAGAUCCGGGAGAGGAGGAGCACGCUGGCGGGAGGCCGUGGGCCCUGAUGGCUUCCGGUUCCCCGCGGCGCCCCACUUUGAGGGAAGCUGGGUUUCAGGUUCCGGGCCUGGACUGGAUUCAGCAGGGCGUGCUCAUCGCUGAGGUCGCCUGGUCUGUGUGAAGAGCAUGCUAAAGGAGAGGGUCAUGGACUUGGUCCCUCAGACAACCGUCCUGCCCCUGCUGUUUGGCUGCCUGGGGAUUUUCAGCGCCUUCCGGCUGUUGCAGUGGAUCCGCUCAAAGGCUUACCUGAGGAGUGCUGUGGUGGUGGUCACAGGUGCCACCUCAGGACUCGGCAGAGAGUGUGCCAGAGUUUUCCAUGCUGCGGGGGCUAAAUUGGUUGUCUGUGGCCGAGAUGUGAAGGCCCUUGAAGAACUCGCGCGUGAACUUGCUGGCUCUUGCUCCUCCCAGGGACAGACACACAAACCCUACACGGUGACCUUCGACCUCACAGACCCUGUUGCUAUCGCUGCAGCAGCAGCUGAGAUCCUCCAGUGCUUCGGCUAUGUGGACGUCCUCAUCAAUAAUGCUGGGGUCAGCUACCGCGGUGCCAUCAGUGAUACCCUGGUGGACGUGGACCGGAAGGUGAUGGAGAUAAACUAUUUCGGCCCUGUUGCUCUAACGAAAGCUCUCCUGCCGUCCAUGGUCAAAAGGAAGCAAGGCCACAUCGUCGCCAUCAGCAGCAUCCAGGGCAAGAUCAGUAUUCCUUUCCGAUCAGCAUACGCCGCCUCCAAGCAUGCAACCCAGGCAUUCUUUGACUGUCUGCGUGCAGAGAUGGAGCAGGAUAACAUCGAGGUGACCGUGAUAAGCCCUGGCUACAUCCACACCAACCUCUCUGUAAAUGCUGUCACUGCUGAUGGCUCCAGAUACGGAGCUCUAGACAAGAACACAGCCCAGGGCCGAAGCCCUGAAGAGGUGGCCCAGGCUGUCCUUGCUGCUGUGAAGAAGAAGAAAAAAGAUGUGAUCUUAGCUGACCUCAUGCCGUCCAUGGCUGUUUAUCUCAGAACUCUGGCUCCUGGCCUCUUCUUCAGAAUCAUGGCCUCGAGGGCCAGAAAAGAUCGAAAAUGCAAGAGCUCCUGAUACUGGUAGAGCUGCUAGCUUGGGCCAGCCUGAUCACACUGAGUGUCACACCUGGCUCAGCGAGGGGAUCCACAGUUGAAAGCUGGUGGAGGGCUGGCUUGUGCUCAAGGGUGGGCAGGAGCACUUGUUUCCCCCAGGGGUGGGUUAGCUCCUUGAGUGAAUUAUAGACUUGGCCUGGGACUCUAAAAGAUGCAAAAUAAAUGACUCAAUAGAA